UCAUAACGCGCAGCUCCCGUUGCUCUAGGUGAAGCUCAACUCACUCACAAGCUUCAGAAUGAAGCAGGUGUCCAACAUGGCGAACACGAGCAACGGAUCUCUCGCUACUCUCCUCAUUUUAUUCACCAUUUCGGCAGCUAUCCAUACAGGAGCUGCUCAGUUCCCAGUCCAAAGCCAGAAUCUCAUAGCGGACAACAUCUCGGUAGUGGAGGGGGAGACAGCCACCAUAAGCUGUCGAGUCAAAAACAAUGACGACUCGGUCAUUCAGCUCCUCAACCCCAACAGACAGACCAUAUACUUCAAAGAUGUCAGACCCCUGAAAGAUGCUCGAUUCCAGCUGGUCAAUUUCUCAGACAACGAGCUGCGUGUGUCGUUAUCCAACGUGUCUCUCUCAGACGAGGGCAGAUACGUGUGCCAGCUCUAUACAGACCCCCCACAGGAAGCCUACGCCGACAUCACUGUGCUAAUCCCACCAGGAAACCCAAUCAUAGAGUCCCGUGAGGACAUCGUCAGCGAGGGCAACGAGACGGAGAUAACCUGCACCUCCAUGGGCAGCAAACCCGCUGCAGCGAUCAGAUGGAUGAAAGGAGACAAAGAGCUACAGGGCAAGUCUAAAGUGGAGACCACGUAUGACAGGAUGUUCACUGUGACGAGCUGGCUGAGGUUUACGGUCACGAGAGAGGAUGACGGGGUUCCUGUGGUUUGCAUUGUCGACCAUCCAGCGGUCAAGGACUUCCAGGCGCAGAAGUACCUAGAAGUACAAUAUAAACCUGAGGUAAAGAUCGUGGUGGAGUUUCCUUCGGGCCCGAUUAGAGAGGGUGAAAAUCUGGAACUGACGUGCCAGGCUAAGGGCAAACCAGAGCCUCAACAGGUGAAUUGGGUGAGGGUCGAGGAUGACGUGCCAUCUCACGCAGUUAUCACCGGCUCAGAUCUCUUCAUCGAGAACCUAAACAAGUCCUACAAUGGCACUUACCGAUGUGUGGCGUCCAACUCUGUCGGUGAAGCCUAUGAUGACUACAUCCUUUUUGUGCGCGAUGCCCUUACCACAACCCCUAAACCCACAACCACCACCACCACCACCACCAUCUCCGCCACAACCUCCCCUCCAGACAUCAUACAAGACGCUGCGCCCAGCACUGAAGCCGCAGCUCACGAUUCACAAGCAGGAACAGAAGCACAGAGAUCGUUGGACCAUGCGGUUAUUGGAGGCGUGGUGGCCGUCGUGGUCUUCGCCAUGUUGUGUCUUCUCAUCGUUUUGGGACGAUACUUUGCAAGACACAAAGGCACCUACUUCACACACGAAGCCAAGGGGGCAGAUGACGCGGCGGACGCUGACACGGCCAUCAUCAACGCCGAAGGGGGCCACAACAACUCGGACGAGAAGAAGGAAUACUAUAUCUGAGUCCCGAGGCCUCUGUUGUUCUUAAUAUUUUCUUUUGUUUUGUUUUUGGCGGGAGGGGGUGGGGCAUGGGGGAACUGAGAUUACUGAGUUUUUGUUUAUUUGUCAGUUUGUUUGAAUUUCUUUCCUUGGGAUUGAAUGACGUAGAAUGCUACACUGGCAGCUGAGAAGAUGUAGGUAUUUGUGUUAUACAGCGGGUUUGGGGUCAGGGGUGGGGUUUAGGGGUGGGCGGGAUACCAGACGUUGCCAGAUAAGAGUGUAGAAAGCGUCACCACACAGCACCUCCCCAACUGCUGGUAUUUUUUUCGUUCUUUCUCGACCAUUUGCAGAAAAUUCUGUGCCUUGUUCUGAAUUUCUUUUCUUAGUCAUGCUUUAAAUGCCAUUGAUCAUGUCACACCUCUAAAACCCCCUUCCCGAACACACUCACUCACACACACACACACACACACACACACCUCCACCAUCUCUGAUUAUCGACAUGCUGUCUGUUUUCCUAUGAAGGUACAUGAGUGCACACCUCAAUGCAUUCCCCUACACUGUGGGCAUCUCCUUCAAAACACCAUAUCCUCUGUACUAAGAGCAGGCCUAGUCACAUGGCAGCGUUUUGAUUUACUCAAUCCCAGGUCAUCAGCAUCAUGAAGGGAAGUGCAAGCAGCUUCCUUCCUUCCUGUCCCCCAACAAUUUGAUGAGACCGGUGGAGAAGUGAUCCUGGACGUUGCACCUGUUUUAUUUUGACGGUGCGUCUGCAUUGCUGCAGACUUCUUUUAUCCUCUUUUUACUUCAGUUUUAUUUUUCCUAAUUAUACUGUAUGUGCCAGUACAUUUGAAUUUUGGAAUGGGCAGAGGCGCAGACGAACAGUUCCUGCUACUCUG